GGCGCAAGUUUUGGCAGGACAGAGGGGGCUCUCUGCGGGGCAGAACUAUAUCAAAGACCCUUCAAACACAGGAAUACUCCCACCGUGCCUUAACAAACCAUCUGUUUGUCAACUUUUAAGUAUUUUCAACAACUCCCGAUUCCACAAUGACUGCAACCGUCGUGUCUUCUUUCUUCGAUUACGAAGUGACGAAUAAGAACAAUAAGAUGAUGACCUACAACAGUCCCCUCUCCAGUCCCCAUAUACAGUCUGUCCCCUCCACCGGUGCCACUUCCCCCUUUACCCCCACCGGGUCCCUGCUGGACAGGAAGGUGGUGGGUACCCCUUCAAUGGGACUCUACCAGCGUCGCCACUCUGUGUCCGUUACCAGCUCCAAAUCAAUGCAGAACCAAUUUAUUAACAGUCUCAAGAUGGAAGGCUCGGUUUCCAUGAAUGGGAGCAGUAACAACAAGGAGAACCGCUUUCGUGACCGGUCCUUCUCUGAAACCGGGGAGCGUCUAAGGCCGAGCAACAUCACGUGCGUUAGUGCCAACGGAAACAGCCAGAUCAACUCAAGCCGCUAUAAAACCGAACUCUGCAGACCCUUCGAGGAGAACGGCACUUGUAAAUAUGGUGACAAGUGCCAGUUUGCCCACGGGAUGCACGAGCUUCGUAGUCUAAAUCGCCACCCCAAGUACAAGACCGAGCUCUGUCGCACCUUCCACAGCAUUGGUUACUGCCCGUACGGGCCGCGUUGCCACUUCAUCCACAACGCAGAGGAGCGCCGCGGACCCCCUCCGCUCUCUGCCUUCAACAAGAUGGAGCGCCCACGCCUUCAUCACAGCUACAGUUUUGCCGGUUUCCCAAGCUCAGGUGGCUCCCAGGACAGCCCGACCUCGGUCACACCUCCGCCCAUAUUUUCCACCGAAGACAUCAACGAGUGGCCCAGCAACCCCUUCACUUACUCGAGUCAAGAGCUCGCCAACCUGUUUGGGCCCAGUUUAGGUGGCACCACUGUUCCUGAUCUGCCCGGUCCUCACUCGCCUACCGCACCCUCCUUCUUCAGGCCCAUGUCCGAGUCUCCACCAAGCCCUCCGGACUCCCUCUCCGACCAGGAGGGCUACCAGAGCAGCCUGGGCAGCCAGAGCGGAUCCGAGUCACCCGUGCUGGACGCGACACGUCGCCUCCCCAUCUUCAGCAGACUCUCUAUCUCUGAUGACUAAAACCUGGCCCUCAGAGAUCUCAGGCCUUGAGAGGGACAAAGCAAAGAUAGAGUCAUUUUCCUCCUAGCAAUCCCUUCCUGUCCUCGGUUUGUUUACAGCAGAGAAGUGGAAUAAAGUACAGUGUUCUCGUAGCCACUGAGUCAAAUCAGAUACCAUAUUACCCUGUAGCAGCAUCAACUUUGAGCAUAUACCCACGUCUUAACAUGCCUGAUGUAAUGCAAAAAAAAACAGAACUGUUCGCCUCUAGGCCCGCUCAAAUGUUGAGGUCUCGGAAUCCUCAGUGGAACAUGUUAAACAAAUCCCUAUUUAGUUCACUUUUGUUCAAACUAAAGAGCAUAGUUUUUCCUAAAUUGUUCAAGGAUGUUCUUGUUCAAAGAAUCUACUGAAUAUUAUUGCAACGAUGUGCUUUACACACCUGAAAGUGCCACUUUUCUUGCAGAAAACUCUCGCCGGUAGAUCGUCGGGACUUUAAGUGCCUAUCAAACAAUUACUUCCCUACUUUUCCAAUCACGUCGAUUUUUUGGAGAUCUGGGGUAGAAAACCCAUCUUAGAUUUAUAUGAAUCAUUCUGAGAGAUAUUUGUACGUCUAGUGGUGCUAAAUGGUAAUUAUCCCUAGAACAUGUGAUCCCUUACGCUAAAAUAGUGUCUGCUGGUUGUUGGAUUAUGUAAGAGAGAACAUGUGUGAGAGAGAGGACGUCCUUCCUUAAUUCCUUCUGUUCAUAUUACCACUAAAGAUGUGACUUCAGUGGCCACUAAUUGUUUCGUUGUAAACAGAUCGUUGAAAUGUUCUAUCAUUAAUUCAAUAUUGUAUUUCCCCUAUUAUUGUUAUAAUAUAGUUAUUAUUGCAUCAUUACAAUUAUUGUUGGUAUUUUCUGUUUGGAAAUGAGAACUUUCCGACGGAGAGUUUUGCUUGUCAGUGCUUAUUUAACUUAUCAAAAUGUAUUUAUUGCUGAUUGUAAGCAUUUUUUUUAUUUUGUUUGUAUUUAUCUGGAUAAUGAAACAAUAGAAUAUAUUUUCCUUUAUGUUAAAUUAUGAUCUUCCGUAUUAAUCGUAAGAUUGUGAAGACCUUUUUCGUUAAGUUUCAACAGUUAAUAUAUUAUACUGCAAUGACAUUUUGUAACUACAUUUUGAUUUAUUUUUAAAGUGAAGCUUAAUUUAAAAUGAGAAUGCAAGAGGAUUGUUUUGCAUUUAUUUAUUAUUUUUUCUCCCUAAUGUUGGACUGCAGUUUCAAGAUGUUUAUGCCUCUAUAAUCCUUUAUUAUUUGGCUCCGACCGUCUAGAAUGUAAACUGAGUUUUCUUGACAAUAACAGUCCUGUGCCUGUGAUUUUAUAAAUCUGAUGUUUAGACUGGGAUCCUCUCACUAAGACUUCUUUUGGUAUGAACAAAUCACAGACAAUAAAUGCAUUAUAGUACCAAUCUCAUGACCCCCGCGGUGGUCCAAACCUCUGAUCUGACAUGUCUAAAACGGACGGUUAAUAAGGGAAUUGUGAAAUAUGCAUUUGUGUAUUUAUUUUGCCCGUUUUGAAACCAUGUUACGUACACCAGCAAGCAUGUGUUGUUUUGAUUUGUUAUGACUCAAAAUUCUUAUUUAUUUACAGAUUUUGGACCACUUCUACUUGCUAAGUGCCUAACAGUACAUUCCAAGAGUCUUGUACCUUUUAGGGUUGUAAUCCAGAGUUCAUUAUAUAGAUUUUUAGUGGAAAUUCGAGGUUAACAGGAUUGACAUUGAGAGAGCUACAUUUGAAUGUGUCCUAUGUUAGCAGCUAUUGCUGUUCACAUCAAAAUGUUUUCUUUUGUAACGACAGAUUGCAGUUUAAACCAAUAAAAUACCUAUUUAUAAGCAAA